CAGUGGCGGCUCUUCCUUAGGUUUGCAGGUUUGCGCAACCCCCAAAAAAUUUUGGUAAAAUAACAAAAGAACUACAAUUAUAUUUCUUUAAAUUCAUACCAAAAUUCUGUACCUACAUUUAUAUGCGAGGAGCAGUCAAUGACUGAAAUAAUUUCAAUUUCACCACCUUUUCCUAAAUGUCUUUAAUUUUCUCGCCACGCGACGGCUUUGUCGUUGCGAUGUAGUUUGCAGAUCGAAUGCAAACCAAUCCGACUAUAUUAAUAGGCGCGUGUUUGUGUUACUACGCGUUGAUUUCAAAUUUCGUCCCGUAAGCUCAGUUAGGUUGCAGGCAGAGUGCAAACUUCUUGUUAAUUUCGCCCGCUAAUUAGUGAUUUUAGUUUAUAGUGUGGUGCGUAAUCGCUUUUUUCGUUUGUUUUGUGUGUAAAAAUGAAUUCGGUUGAAAGUUUAAUUUCAAACCCAUUCUGUGGUCGAUCAUUAAUUGAUAAGGCUGAAAUAAAAAGACUUGGUAGGACUACUCCGAAUUUAAAAAUAGAACAAUCUGUGUCUAGCAAAAAAAGGACUUUUACCAGAACAUUUAACCCGGAGCUUUAUAAUAAACAUACAUGGCUUUGUGGGUGUGAAAUUAAAAAUGCUCUUUAUUGUUUCCCUUGUUUGCUAUUCGGAGGAGAAGAUUCCUGGACAAAAAUAGGGUUUACCGACUUGAAUCAUUCUGGGGACCGCAUCAAAAAGCAUACAUCAUCAGCAAAGCACAUUAAAAAUGUUUUACAAUAUUCACUUUUUGGAACUGUAAACGUGGCUGCUCAAUUGAGUACCGCUUAUCGACGAAAUAUUGAAUUGCACAAUGAACAAGUGAGACAUAAUCGAUACAUUUUAAACAUAAUAAUUAAUUGUGUGCGUUUCUGUGGAGCUUUCGAGCUCGCAUUAAGAGGACAUGAUGAGUCUACGUCUUCCUCUAAUCCCGGGGUUUUUCGAGGAUUAAUUGAUUUUAGUUCUGAGUUAGACGGUGCUCUAAAACAGCAUCUAAAAAAAGCAUCGGUAUUUAAAGGUACGUCAAAAACCAUUCAAAAUGAAAUUUUACAAACAAUGUUUACUGUAUGCCAAGAGGAAAUUUCUAAGGAAAUAGAAAAUGCCGAUUAUUUAUCUAUAAUUGCUGAUGAAACUAGUGACGUAUCAAAUAAAUUCCAAAUGGCAAUUGUAUUUAGAUACAUUUUAAAAGGCAAGCCUGUUGAACGAUUUUGGGAUUUUUUAAUGCCUUCAGAUCAUGAUGCCAAAGCUUUAUCUAAGGUUAUUCUCACCGAACUUGAAAAGCAUGUGAAAGGCAAGAGAAGCAAACUUAUUGCACAAACAUAUGAUGGUGCAUCAGUUAUGAGCGGGUCUUCUAACGGGGUACAAGCGAUUAUUAAAAAAACGUAUGAACACGCUGCAUACGUGCAUUGUUAUGCACAUCAAUUAAAUUUGGUAAUGUUAAACUCGGCUUCAGCAAACAAAAAUGUCCGAAUUUUUUUUGCAAAUUUACAAGGAAUUUGUACUUUUUUUUCAAGUAGUCCUCAGAGAUCUGCAAUUCUAGAUCAAAUCGUUAAAAAACGCUUACCACGUUCAGCCCCGACCAGAUGGAAUUUUAAUUCCAGAGUGGUUUGUACCGUAUUUGAGUACAAAGACGGCAUUCUGGAGACAAUGGAAACUCUUCUAAAUGAAAGUAGAAACGUAAGUACUACCAACCAAGCAUCAGGAUAUGUCAAAAUCAUUAAAAGCAAAAGUUUUGUGUCCUGGUUAAACUUAUUUUACAAGAUAAUGCCACAUGUUGACUUGUUAUUUGGUAAGUUUCAAACAAGACAAAUUGACGCUGUUAUCGCAAAAAAAUUUAUAUUAUCAUUUGAAACUAAAUUAACAGAAAUUAUAAAUAGCAUCACUUUAGAUGACAUUGAGCCGACUUCAUCUAAUUCAAAGCGGCAUAAGCUGGAUGACUCUGCGGAAUUUUCACGAGAAGCAAAAGAAGUUUGUGAUAUUAUUAUUUGUCAAGCAAAAGAACGAUUCAGCUUCACAGGCCACCUAGUCGCAGCCAGUCUCUUCUUUCCAGAAGAAUAUGGCCAAUAUAGUACCUGUUUUCCCGAAGAAAAAUUUAAAGAGACAAUAAAAAAUUACCCAUUUUUCAUCGAGCAAAAACUCCGUACAGAAUUAACCGUCAUUUAUGAUACAGAAGAACUUAAAUCAGUUUCGGGACUCCUUGUGCUUUAUGACUUUAUCUCUCAAAAUAUCGAGUUAAGUGAAACUUUUAGUGAAACUCUAAAACUUAUAAAAAUUUUAAUUACCAUUCCUAUGGCUUCUGCUGAAGCAGAACGGUGCUUUUCAACCCUUAAACGAAUUAAAACAUUUUUAAGAAAUACCAUGUGCCAAAAAAGACUUUCUGCAUUGGCAAUGCUUUCUAAAGAAAGGGAUCUUAUUGAAAGCAUACCCGAUUUCAAUCAGAGGGUUAUUGAUAAGUUUGCUACUACUAAAGAUCGUCGUAUGGAUUUUCUCUUUAAAUAA